UGGCGGUUAGAAUCCAACAGCCUGUCUCGGCACAACAGAACCCCAGCGGUGAUAAGCAUUAGAGUAGGACCUCCCAGAGUCUAGACGCUGGUGGUGGUAGAGAUGAAGAUGGAGGCUGAGCGAUGAGACCUUUGUGUAGAGCUCCAUUUCAGGGGCAUCGUAGGCACAAUGUGGAAAUGUCACUCUCUCACAGUUUUAUUUCUCCUCAGCCUCGGUUGGAUCUCCGUCUCUGUUUCUGAUUCUCAGACUUUGGAGGUUCAGUCUGGAGAAGAAGUCACGCUGCUGUGCUCCAACUUUUCCAGUUCUCCCACAGAGAUAUUCUGGUUCAGAGUGACCAAGAGAUCUGAACUCCACUGUAUCUGCUCUAUGUUCCAGCCUCAUGAGCCUGUUUCAUUCUGCACAGGACUUCAAAGUGGAAAAUUUGAAAUGAGCACCAACAUAUCCACUGUGUUUCUCAAAAUCAAACAAGUGGAUUUAUUGGACUCGGGACUGUAUUUCUGUGGAAAAUACUUAAGCAAAUAUGCAGUUAUUGUUGAUACAACAAAUGUAGAGGUCCAAGACGUGUUUGAUGGAUUACCAAAGAUGAUGAGUGUGGUCCUGGGUGCUCUGACAGUUUUUCUCAUUAUGGCUGUCAUCUAUCUGGCUGCUAAAAUCAAACAUCUCCAGAAAGUACCUCACACUGGAGAACAGAAUCUACAGGAAGAGAGCCGGCGCUCAGACCUGGAUUAUGCUGCUGUGACAUUUCAUCCAAAAACAGAAAGUCACCACAGGCUGGCAUCAGUCAGAGAAGUGAACACAAAUGUUAUUUAUUCCUCAACUAGAUAGAAUCAGAAAACAUCUGGAACUCUGUGGAACUGAGGUUUUAUUAUGGAUUUUCUGAUGUUUGUUUGGUGGAUUUCCAUAGAUGAAAAAAAAAAAGAUUUUAUGAAUAAAAGUUGGACAAAA